ACAUCACACAGCAUCCUCUACCAAUACUGGAAACAUCAAAUGAAUAUCAGUAGAUCUCCUGUGGAAGAAGAAAUCGUGUCUAGGACUAUACCAGAUGUGUUCGACAAGCAGUUUACAAUGUUUUGAGAUUUCAGUGGAAAAAUUUAUACAAAAAUGUUUUGGGAUGUUACCCUCUGAGUAACAUUCACACUAAGGCAAACAGGAUAUAUCAAUAUCUCUCCAACGCGUAUCCUUCAGUAUAUCAACCAUUUGUGGAUUCUCAUUUGAAGCAUUAUCAUGAAUGAAGCUAUGAUGAUUGGUCCAAACAUUUCCAAUCUCAUAGACCUCACUGAUUUCUUCAAUUAUGCAUCCAACGACAGCGAAAACAUCACCGAGUUUAUUGUGGAUGAGAGCACCCUAUUUUGUUCACCCAUCCCUAUAGCUGAUGCAGUCAACAUCUUAUUCUGCGUCAUCUACGUAAUAAUUUUUCUGGUGGCCGUACCUGGAAAUCUACUUGUGGGCUGUGUGAUCGGUUCAAACAGACGAUCACUUUCUUCUUCGGAUGUCUACUUGUUUAACCUGAUGUUUGCAGACACUCUAUUGGCUCUAAUCUUGCCUUUCUCUGCCGUAUCGGUACUGCACGGCUGGGUGUUUGGGGAUUUCAUGUGUAAACUGGUUUCCCUGGUGAAAGAAAUAAACUUUUACACCAGCAUCUUGUUUUUGGUGUGCAUCAGUGUGGAUCGCUAUAUGCUCAUCGUGCGCGCUAUGGAAUCCCAGAAGGCUCAGCGGCGGAAGUGCAGCGGUGUCGCGUGCGCAGCGGUGUGGUUUUUUGGUGGCGUGCUUUCCUUACCCUCGCUUUACCAUGAGGCCUAUUUUUCCAAAACUGCCAACCAGACCAUAUGUGAAGAACGCUUUGAGGUGGACAGUGCCGAUGAAUGGCGAUUCACCACGCGUAUCAUGAGGCACUUACUCGGCUUUAUACUCCCUCUAGUGGUCAUGUUGACGUGCUACAGCGUGACAGUAGCGCGGCUCUUGCGUACGCGGUGUUUCCAGAAGCAGAGGGCCAUGAAGGUGAUAGUCGCUGUGGUCGUGGCUUUUCUCUUGUGCUGGACCCCUUUUCACGUUACCACGAUGGUCGACACGCUGUUGAGAGCCACAGCCUUUGAAUUCAGUUGCUCCAUGCGGAACUCCGUGGAUGUUGCCAUGUUCGCUACGCAAAACCUGGGACUCGUGCACUGCUGUGUAAACCCGGUGCUUUAUGCUUUUAUGGGAGAGAAAUUUCGAAAGCGAUUUAUGCAAUUGCUUCAAAGAAAACAGUUUCUGAAUCGCUUUUCAAUCUCUAGACCUAGCAGGCCUCUCCAAGCUGAAGUCACUUCUAGCUUCCUGUGAGCUGCAGCCAUGCAAUGGACAUCAAUGUAUAUAAUGAUGCAAUGAUGCAAUGGCUCCCUCUAUUGUUCAUGAAGAGCACAGUCGUCACACUGCAGGGUGAUGUGAGUGUUCAGGGUUGAACUUUCAAAAACAAAUCUAUUAUUUUAGUACUAUCACGUAUGGGUUAAGAAUUGAAUAACAAUAAAUCUCAGGUAUUAAAUUGUUGUGUAACUCAACGUGAAUCAUCUGCGAUACAAGCAUUUGUGAUGCUCCAAGUUGUGUGACUUGUUGAUGAGAACUGGUGAAAGACACUCAAAGAGGAAAACAUGUUGAGCAAGACUGAUCUGAAAUGUCUUACAGCACAUUUAAGUAUGAAAUGUCAGGCAUUACUUAAAACUGUAAGCCAGGUGUGUUAUGUAUACAUAUUGAAUAUUUUAAAUAAGAAUAUGUCACAGAUACAUGGUUAAGUCUUUCCCCGCCAUUGACAAGUUAUCUCGUCAAUUAAGAGAAAACAUUUACCUGCGUUUAAGAGGAAACACUUAUCUGACGAGUUUUUACGAUAAUCUAUAAUUCCAUUACUAUCCACUAGAUGGCGCUCCUACCCAAUUUAUAAAAAAAACUGGAGCUAAUUCAAAAACAUUGUAAUCUCUGUGUAUGUUUUGAUCAUUAUCAAAACAUACAGGCCAUUAUCAAAACAUGAUUAUCUCAGCUUUUUUACUCAAAAUUUAGUAUUUUUGAUGAAACCCAUAUUUGAGAGGUUAUAAAAAGAGAACAUAUUAAGAUAGCUGUUUCCGUUUUGUUUGUUUGUUUGAAAGCAAUCUGUUCUUUUAUUUGAUAUAUUGUAUGUUUAUUUAUAGAAGAGAAUUUUCCUGGAAAGCAUAUUGUGAAACUUUUGUAAAAAUCACAAAAAAUAUUUUUUUAAUUACGGCUGGUGGGGAAUGAGUUAAAUGAUUUUAAAGUACUUUUAUUCUAUUUAUGUUUUUUUUAAAGACCUUUCAUAACUUAUAUACUAUUCUAGCUUGAGAGCUACUUGUAAAUGUCAUGUAAAUGUAAUGUUUGAAUGCGUCUGGGUGCAGACCAUUGUGUAAUGGUCUAUAAGUCAUAAAUGCAAUAAUAUUAAAACUUCUUUAGGAUUUAUCACGAGUUGAUGCAUUGUGUGUGUGUUUUUUUUGUGGCAAAUGUUUAAGAUAUAAAAUAAAAUGUUAUAAACCA